AGCUUUCGACGCUUUCGGCCAUGGCUCACAGGGUCUGAGUGCUUCGGCCCAAGCGACAAGGCCAUGUUCGCAACGCUGCCCGGGUUUGAGGAGCGGCCAGGUAGCUACCAGGGCACCUUCAUGUUUUCGACAGGCGAUAUGUUCUGUGGCUUGCUGAACGUUUGUGGGCGCCCUUCCGGAAAAGGAGUGCUGUACUACGCGGAGUCUGGCGAGUGCGAUGUGAGCAUCUUCAACGAGCAGCUGCUGCAAAAAGGGGAAGGCGUCAGAUACUCCAAGGACCGCGAGGUCGCUUACAGGCUCUUCGACGGCCAGGCGGAGGGCGGCACCUUGGACCUCGAGGAGGCGCUGGAGAUCACCGGGCUCCAGGAGACCCCGGCGCUGCGCUCCUACGACAUCACGAAAACCGCCACCGGGUUGGACCCUGCGCGACUCAAGCAGACCAAGGCCUGGUUCGCCUACCGGAAGCUGGCGGGCCUCCCUCUGGACGAACAGCCCUCGGGUCCCAGCCCGUACGUGCCCAUGUUCAGGUCUUGAGAGUUUGCGAGGGCCAAGAGCGAUUUCACUCUUCCGACCCAGAGGGGUCUAUGAGAAUGGCCCUGGAGGGCCCCAACUGAUCAGAAUUGAAGUGCAACGGGGUUUCUUGUUUUAGUUUGCAC